GUGGCCGCUCUCAGGUUUCUCUCUGGCGCUACCGAUCGCGCCGCCUCUUCCGCGGGAGGCCAUCUUCCGCUUCUAAUGGCCGUGCGCCAUAUAUCGCAAGAUGUCAACCUGCUGCUCGCGAUAAAGAGUGUGUGCGUGCUUUCUCGACGCGACCGCGACGCAGUCGCGAUCAAACCGGCAGGGGAUCUCGGCCGGUGACGUUUGCGCAGUCCGAGCACUGGUAACGAUUCAUCCGUCGUGGCGAAACACGUCGCGGUGUCCUGUGUGCAGGAGCCACAACGGAGUUUUGUGAUGGCUUCGAUUUGCCGACGCUGGAGAUUAUGGAUAUUGCCCGUGUUGACCUGCCUGUACGCGCUGCUCAUUGUCAUAAUUGUACCAAUCCUGCUAGUCAAUUCCAUUAAGAAUGGUUUCAAGAAGCAGGACCAGGCCGCCUUGGUGGGUGGUGCUUUCGUCCUGCUGGCGUUGCCUAUUGCCUUCUACGAAAUUGUUCAGCACAUGAUAUACUACACGCAGCCUAGGCUACAGAAGUACAUAAUAAGGAUAUUAUGGAUGGUGCCCAUCUACGCGGUGAAUGCUUGGCUAGGUUUGGUGUAUCCGGAGGGCAGUAUAUACGUGGAUAGCUUGAGGGAAUGUUACGAAGCAUAUGUGAUAUACAAUUUCAUGAUGUACCUAUUGGCCUACUUGAACGCCGAUCAUCAGCUGGAGCACAGGCUGGAAAUCUCUCCCCAAGUGCAUCACAUAUUUCCUCUGUGCUGCCUGCCCGAUUGGGAGAUGGGCAGAGAAUUUGUACAUAUGUGCAAGCAUGGGAUUUUGCAGUAUACAGCUGUUAGGCCUAUAUCGACUUUAGUAUCGUUCAUCUGCGAACUGAAUGGAGUCUAUGGGGAGGGUGAGUUUAGGGAGGACGUCGCUUUCCCGUACAUGAUCACCCUGAACAAUCUGUCGCAGUUCGUCGCCAUGUAUUGCCUGGUACUCUUUUACCAUGCCAAUGCGGAGGCCCUGCAGCCAAUGAAGCCAAUCAGAAAGUUUCUCUGUAUCAAGGCUGUGGUGUUCUUCUCGUUCUCUCAAGGCGUGAUAAUAGCUAUAUUGGUGUACCUCAACGUUAUAUCGAGCAUUUUCAAUACCGACGAUACGGACGACAUCAGAAAUAUAUCGUCGAAACUGCAGGAUUUCUUAAUUUGCAUAGAGAUGUUUUUAGCAGCGGUGGCGCAUCAUUACAGCUUCUCCUACAAGCCAUUCGUCAAUUCGGCGGAGGGUCAAGCGUGGUGGGACGCAUUUAGAGCAAUGUGGGAUGUUUCCGACGUGCACAACGACAUAAAGGAGCACCUGGGCGUCGUCGGCUCGUCCCUGAGCCGUAGAAUACGAGGGCGCGGCGCGUAUCAGCAGGCCUGGGGAAGCGCGACCGAGCGUACGUCGCUGCUGCCCCAGGUCGCGGUGAUAAAUCAAGCGAAAAGCGCGCCCACCUGCUCGUUCUCGGGCUACCACACGGCCGAGGCCGGACUCAACAAUAAUCCGUCCGUCGGGGAGUCCGAGGAGGCGGCCGCGGACACGCAGGAUAACGGUAAUACCGUUAAUACGUAGCCGAUACGCAGCCGAGUCCAUCCGAGGGCGACGCUCGACCGGUCGGCUGCGCGGAGCCGGUGUAUUUUAGCGGAAGUUACUCUUUAGUAUUAUUUCUAAGCGAAAAAAAAGUAUAUAGUUUUACAACAGUGUUCUCCGGCGUUACUGUACAAAUCAUCAUCAUCGUCAUCACUCGUUGCCACAUCGCGCAUCGAGACACUACGUGCAACUACGUCCCACCGCGUCCGCGGGGUGUCCUUUUUCUAAUCGUGCGAUCGCAGUGAUUCGGGACCGGACUCUCGUCCGGCGAAAUGGACGGAACGAUUUUUUGCAUCGUAUACGUAUAUUCUUAUAUCUAAGUAGGCUUCGAGUUAAAAUGCCAUUAGAAUAAAAUUCAAAUAAAUUAAAAUUACAUUAAUCAAAUGAAGCACCACACGAUUCUCUCGUCUAUUCUUCUCUGCCGAGAGGGGCGAUCUCGAAUCGAGACCGAGAGAGAGAGAGAUCCGCGGCGAAGAGGACAUCCAGCAGACUUGGGACACUUGGUCUAACGCGCGUCUUACGACUUAAGCAAUUUGAUACAAUGAGCGGGAAUUCGGGGGAGGGGGGAAACGUGAAUUGCUUGCUACAUACCUGCUUUGCGAGAAACGUUCUUGGAUUUUACGUUACCAAUGAUGUACUACCAAAUAAUGUAUAUACGUACCACGCGCGCGCGCGCUCACGCACGUCAAAAUACGUAGGAAAUGUGAUCCGUGCGAUAAUAUUGUAUAUAUACUUCAACGACCAAUACGUCACGCGUUUUAUCGCAUACAUCCGGCCGAGAUGUGUCCAUUCUUUUUUUUUUUUCGAUAAAAGGUCACGGGCAGGAGUCACGUGAGCCGUUACUAAUCGCCAUAUCAAGGUGUUAGGCGUUCAGAACCUUCCACAAUACUUUCUUGCUUUGUAUGUAUACACGCGAAUGUAUAAUCCGCACCACACACGUUUAUAUUUAUAAUUUAAAAAAAAUUAUUUUACGAUUACGGUAUAUCAGGAAUAAAGACUGUGACGUGCUUAUUACACGUCGACUUCAAUCUUAA